GAACGCCUAAAACGCUUUUGUACUGUAGUCAUCUUUUGUAUUAUCCGGGUAACCGUCAAUUUGUUGCUUCCCCGGCUUUGACUUUGUUUACGACAUGUCUAUUCGUCGGUUCUUCAAGCCUGCUGAUGCUCUUUCGUCGCCGAAACAACCAAGACUACAAAGCUAUUCGUCCAGCGAAUCGGACGUCGAAAUCUCGGUCGAGUUGGAAGAGGAAGUCGCACAGUCCAGCGAUGAAAGCGAAGUUGAGCUGCUGUCAACAGCUGACUCUCUGGGCAAGAGUUCCUCUUCAAAGCAGUCGUCGCGUUCGCGAAAAUCGUCUUCGUCGACGUCAUCGAAGCAGUCGGUGGGAUUUCGUUCCGAGUGGCGAGUUGGUCAAAUGGAAUGGCUUCGUUACGACAGCCAAAGCAAAGGCAUGCUUUGCGUUUUGUGUCAGAAGCAUGACAAGACCGCCGAUCUUACAGACUGAAGGAAGAUACGUUAGAUGCUUUAUUACGGAUCGCAGUGGAAGGUCCAGAUGUUGCCGAGUUUCCUUUUCACUCGGCUGUGAAACUGUGGGCCAAGAAAAAAAGAGACGUAUCUUUCGCGAUAGGUGAUAAGCUUAGUCAUUAUGGUUACUCUCGCACAAUUCGAUUGUCGAAUAAAAGUAC